CCCGCGCAUUCCGGGAGGAGGGGACCCGCUCCCGGCCUGCCCCGCGCUGCAGCCCCGCCCGGGCCGGGCCCAUCCCAGCCCGCGGCCAGGCGGGGAGCGGCGGGACGAGCAGCAGCCAGCGAGCCCCUCCGCCGGCUCCGCGCCCGCUCGGCCAGCCCAGCGGCAUGGGGGGUGAGCGCCGGGCGCUGUGGCUGGCGACGCUGUGGUUGUGGCUGGCGGGGCGGUGCGGCGGCGCCAUGGACGAGUGCACGGAGGAGCGGAGCGGCCGGCCGCAGCGCUGCAUGCCCGAGUUCGUCAACGCCGCGUUCAACGCCACCGUGCUGGCCACCCACACGUGCGGGGCGCCGGCCGAGGAGUACUGCGUGCAGACCGGCGUCACCGGCGUCACCCAGUCCUGCCACCUCUGCGACGCCGCCCAGCCGCACCUGAGCCACGGCGCCGCCUUCCUCACCGACUACAACAGCCCGGCCGAUGCCACCUGGUGGCAGAGCCGCACCAUGCUGGCCGGCGUGCAGCACCCCACCGCCGUCAACCUCACCCUGCACCUGGGAAAGGCCUUUGACAUCACAUAUGUGCGUCUGAAGUUCCACACCAGCCGGCCGGAGAGCUUUGCAAUCUACAAACGCACCAGGGAAGACGGCCCGUGGGUACCUUACCAGUAUUACAGCGGCUCCUGCGAGAGCACCUACCGCAAGGUCAACCGUGGCUUCAUUCGGACUGGGGAGGACGAGCAGCAGGCGCUCUGCACGGAUGAGUUCAGUGACAUCUCCCCUCUCACCGGGGGCAACGUGGCCUUCUCAACGCUGGAGGGACGUCCCAGCGCCUAUAACUUUGAUAACAGUCCUGUGCUGCAGGAAUGGGUGACGGCCACAGAUAUUAGAGUGACCCUCAAUCGUCUGAACACGUUUGGAGACGAAGUUUUCAAUGACCCAAAAGUUCUCAAGUCUUACUACUAUGCGAUUUCUGAUUUUGCUGUGGGUGGUAGAUGUAAAUGUAACGGCCACGCCAGUGAGUGUGUGAAGAACGACCUUGGGAAGCUGGUCUGCAACUGCAAACACAACACCUUUGGGGUCGACUGUGAAAAGUGUCUCCCUUUCUUCAACGACCGUCCGUGGAGGAGAGCGACGGCAGAGAGUGCCAAUGAGUGCUUGCCUUGCGACUGCAACGGGAGGUCACAGGAGUGCUACUUCGACCCCGAGCUGUACCGCUCCACGGGCCACGGGGGCCACUGCUCGGGCUGCUCGGGGAACACGGCCGGCGCGCACUGCGAGCGCUGCAGGGACAGCUUCUAUCGCCUGGGCAGCGAGGAGGAGUGUCUGCCCUGCAGCUGCAACCCUGUCGGCUCCCUCAGCACCCAGUGUGACAGCUACGGCCAGUGCAGCUGCAAACCUGGCGUGAUGGGCGAGAAGUGUGACCGCUGCCAGCCAGGCUUCCACUCCCUCUCCGAAGCUGGGUGCAGGCCGUGUUCCUGCGAUCUGGCCGGCAGCACCGGUGAGUGCAAUGUCGAGACGGGACGGUGUGCAUGCAAGGACAAUGUCGAAGGCUUCCACUGCGAGAGAUGCAAACCUGGAUUCUUUCAUCUGGAUUCGUCCAAUCCAAGAGGCUGUACCCCCUGCUUCUGUUUUGGACACUCUUCAGUCUGCACUAGUGCUGUUGGUUACAGUAUCUACAGCAUCACCUCCAACUUCCAGUUUGGAGAGGACGAGUGGCGUGCUGAGCAGCGCGAUGGCUCUGAAGUCUCGCUCCAGUGGAGUGCAGAGACCCAGGAUAUCUCUGUUAUCUCGGACACCUAUUUCCCCAUGUAUUUUGUUGCACCACGCAAGUUCUUGGGCAACCAGGUUUUGAGUUAUGGACAGAACCUGACCUUCUCCUUCCGUGUGGACAGACGGGACACGCGCCUCUCUGCAGAGGACCUGGUGUUGGAAGGGGCUGGGCUGAGGGUGUCUGUGCCGCUCAUUGCCCAGGGCAACCCCUACCCCAGCGAGAACGUGCUGACCUACACCUUCAGGCUUCACGAGGCCACAGAUUACCCAUGGAGGCCUGCUCUUACGGCAUUUGACUUCCAGAAGCUUCUCCACAACUUGACUUCCAUCAAGAUCCGCGGGACGUACAGCGAGAGAAGUGCUGGCCACCUGGAUGACGUUACCAUCACGAGUGCUCGCCCCGGGCCCGGUGUGCCCGUGGCCUGGGUGGAGAGCUGCUCCUGCCCAGCGGGAUACGAGGGGCAGUUCUGCGAGCGCUGCUCCUCUGGAUUCCGGCGAGAGACACCAAGCCUGGGGCCCUACAGCCCCUGCGUGCCCUGCGCUUGCAACGGGCACAGCGAGACCUGCGAGCCCGAGACGGGCGUGUGCAAUUGCAGGGAUAACACGGCGGGGUCUCACUGUGAGAAGUGCAGCGAUGGGUAUUACGGAGACGCGACAGCGGGCACAGCGUCAGACUGCCAGCCCUGUCCGUGCCCCGGCGGCUCGAGCUGUGCCGUCGUGCCCCGCACCAAGGAGGUUGUGUGCACCAGCUGCCAGGCUGGCACUACAGGCAAGAGGUGUGAGCUGUGUGACGAUGCCUAUUUUGGGGACCCACUGGGUGAAAACGGUGCUGUGAGGCCUUGCCGCCUCUGCCAGUGCAACGACAACAUCGAUCCCAACGCUGUGGGAAACUGCGAUCGCCAGACGGGCGAGUGCCUCAAGUGCAUCUACAACACUGCCGGCUUCUACUGUGACCGCUGCAAAGAUGGCUUCUUCGGGAACCCCCUGGCCCCCGACCCUGCCGACAAGUGCCGAGCUUGCCGCUGCAAUCCCUACGGCACUGUGAAUCAGCAGACGAGUUGCAAUCAAGUGACGGGGCAGUGUGAGUGCCUGUCUCACGUCACCGGGAGGGACUGCAGUGCCUGCGAGCCCGGCUUCUUCAACCUCCAGAGUGGACACGGCUGCGAGAGGUGCAACUGCCACGCACUGGGCUCCACCAACGGCCAGUGCGACAUCCAAACCGGGCAGUGCGAGUGCCAGCCUGGUGUCGCCGGCCAGCGUUGCGAUAGAUGCGAGGUCAACCACUUCGGCUUCAGCUCCGAGGGCUGCAAACCCUGCGACUGUGAUCCCGAGGGCUCGCGCUCCCUGCAGUGCCAGGAGAACGGCCGCUGUGAGUGCAAGGAAGGCUUCGUGGGCAGCCGCUGCGACCAGUGUGAGGAGAACUAUUUCUACAACCGCUCCUGGCCGGGCUGCCAAGAGUGUCCAGCCUGUUACAGAUUAGUGAAAGAUAAGGUGGCGGAGCAACGGGAGAGGUUGCAGGAGCUGGAAAAUCUUAUAGCAAAUCUUGGUACGGGAGAAGAAACUGUAACUGAUGAAGCUUUUGAAGAGAGGCUGAAGCAAGCGGAAAGAGAUGUUACGGAGCUGCUCCGGGAAGCGCAAAACAGCAAAGAUGUAGAUCAGGGCCUCAUGGAUCGUCUCAAAGAUAUCAACAGCACCCUCGUGAGUCAGCUCAACAGGCUGAGGAACAUCCAGGGCACGGUGCGGGAGACGGAGAACCUGGCGGAGCAAGCCCGGGUGAGGGUGGAGGACACGGAGGACCUGAUCAGCUUGGCUUCCAAUCUGCUUGAGAAGGCAAAGCUGGCAGCUGAGAAUGUGUCCAUUACACCUCCGGAGUCAAGCGGGGACCCGAACAACAUGACUCUAUUGGCAGAAGAGGCGCGUAAGCUGGCUGAAAGACACAAAAAAGAAGCCGAUGAGAUAGUUCGCGUAGCCAAGGCAGCAAACGAUACUUCCACAGAAGCGUAUCAGCUGCUGCUGAAGACCCUGGCUGGAGAAAACCAAACUGCACAGGACAUUGAUGAGCUCAACCAGAAGUAUCAUCAAGCAAGGAACAUUUCUCGAGACCUGGAGAAACAGGCCAACAAGGUGCUUGCCGAGGCAGAGGAAGCUGGAAACAAAGCCCUGCAGAUCUACGCUAACCUCACCAGUCUGCCCACCCUGGAUUCUGCAGGGCUAGAGAAUGAAGCAAACAAGAUCAAGAAGGAAGCAGAAGAGUUGGAUCAGCUGAUUGCCAGGAAGCUGAAAGAUUAUGAGGACUUGAGGGAAGACAUGAAAGGAAAGGAGCUAGAAGUAAAGAACCUCUUGGAGAAAGGGAAGACGGAGCAGCAGACUGCAGACCAGCUCUUGGCUCGAGCGGAUGCAGCGAAAGCCCUGGCUGAAGAGGCUGCUCGGAAGGGCAACGGGACACUCCAGGAGGCCAACACCAUUCUCAGCAACCUGAAAGACUUCGAUAAGCGGGUGAAUGAUAACAAGACCGCAGCGGAGGAGGCGCUGAAGAAGAUCCCUGCCAUCACCCAGACCAUUGGCGAAGCCAUCAAUAAGACGCGCCAGGCAGAACUGGCGCUUGGCAAUGCUGCUGCCGAUGCCCGCGAAGCCAAGGCUAAAGCUGAUCACGCCGAGAAUAUUGCCGGUUCUGUUCAGAAGGGUGCUGCUGACACCAAAGCCGAAGCUGAUAAGACAUUCGCUGACGUGACGGGACUGGCCAGAGAAGUGGACGAUAUGAUGAAGAAACUACAGGAUGCCGAAAAAGAGCUGAAGCAGAAGCAGGAUGACGCUGAGCAGGACAUGAUGAUGGCGGGAAUGGCCUCGCAGGCUGCCCAGGAGGCAGAAGACAACGCAAGAAAAGCAAAGAACUCCGUGAACAGCUUGCUCGCUGUCAUUAACGAACUGCUGGAUCAAUUAGGGCAACUGGAGACCGUGGACUUGAACAAACUGAAUGAGAUUGAGGGUACCCUGAACAGCGCCAAAGACCAGAUGAAAGAUAGCGACCUGGACCAGAAAGUCUCUUUCCUUGAGAGAGAAGCCAGAAAGCAAGAUGAUGCCAUACAGGCCUACAACAGGGACAUCGAAGAGAUCCUGAGGGACAUUAGCAACCUGGAGGACAUCAAGAAGACCUUGCCAUCUGGCUGUUUUAACACCCCGUCCAUUGAGAAACCCUAAGGGUGCGCUGGGGGUAGGGGGUGCUCCCCUGGCGAGCGCUGGUUUGGCGAUGGAGUGCCUUAACACACAGUGACCUUCUGCAGAUCCCCGACUCCACUGUUUUCUUUUCAAAUCAGGAUAAGUUGAAAGUUGUUUUUUUAAGAGAAGCAAAUUAAAUAUCCGUCUUUGGGCAUCAAAGGGGUUUUUUUAUAUAAAUUGUCUUCCCGAGCACUCCGCCUUUGCCCCUUUCUCAGACACAGUUUCCCUUUGAUUAGCGCAAGGAUGAGAGAUGCUCUGGACUCUUUAUACUGUGGUUCGGAAAUAAGCAUGUCAGCUGCAUACAGCAAGGCAAAACUAACCCAACUUUCCCUCCUCUUUUCUCCCCUUGACUAUAAAAUCCUCGGUCCUGGAGCUUUCUGUCCCUAUGAAGGAAGGGGAUGGCUACCAAAGUGUUACUGUAACGGCCAGUAUAGCUGCACUCAUUCACGUCCUUCUUCCCAGCUUAUAACUCUGUGAAUUUAUAUAUAUAUAUUUUUAAUCGUUAACUAGUGGCCAAUCGACAGCAUUGGUAGCCUUUGACAAAAACAGCCGAAGCCUCUUUCUGAAAUGCUUUCUGUGAUGAUGCAUCGCUCUGAGAAAAAAACCACAACCUCUGAGAGGAGCUCUGUGGGAAGAUGGGAUGCCGGUGGAGCAGUGGGGCUUUACUGCUGGAGUGGCAGGUCUUGCCAGCCCCACUCCUGGUCUGGAGGAGUUUUGGGUCUGGUCUGUAAGCAGCUGGGUAGUCCAGGCUGGAAAGUGUGGAAUCAGUGAGCUGCGUUCCCAUCUGUAGCUGUUGCUAUUGAAUUGCCAGAGGUUUUUUUUGUUUUUUUUUUUUUUAUUUUAGGCUACAAAUGUCUGAUUGACAGAUUAGCUUGUUCAAAGAGGAAAUGUCUUGCUGAAGAGGAGAGCUGCCAUCCCGAGAGCUCUGACAACCUUCGGGUGAGGAGGAAGAGGACGAGCAGGUGGAAGUGAAAAGCUCUUUCUACCCAUCUCCUUCCCGGAGGAGGACAGGGACAUUUUUCUAUCUCCUGGCAUUGUUCUUAUCUUUUGCCUGUUUUUAACCCAGCAGAAAGAGCUGGAGUUUACCCCUGCCCUUGUUUCUUUUUGCCUACCCUAAAGCCAUGGCAGCAGAGGGACCUCAGGCCGGGCUGGGGUGGCAGUUCUGUGUUUCACACCACUCGUGCCGCCUCCCCGGCAGGUCCCCUCCCCAGUAGUGCCUCCCGGCUGCUUACUGGUGCUGGCUGGGAGCACUGGGGAGCCCCUCGCCUCCCCUCCGGCCCCUCUCUGAGACAAGAGCAUCCUCCGCGGCUUCCUCCUUGCCUCCAGCCUGGCACCCUCCUCCCCUCCCUCAAGAUCCAGUAUAUAUCUAUCCUUAAACACUAUGCAACUUUGUACGUUUGCGUAGCGGGGAAGAAAUUAUUAUCUGACACACACUGGUGCUAUUAAUUAUUUCAAAUUUAUAUUUUUUGUGUGUGAAUGUGAUUUUUUUUCUUUUUUUUCUUUUUUUUUUUUUUUCUUUUUUUAUCAUGAUUAUAGUGUGAGGAAGUCUCUUGUGUGUGCGUAUGUGUGUGUAAAUAUACUCAGCCAUAUUUCCAGAGCGGCGCAGCCUGGCCUCCUCUAUGUGCUCUCCCCUGUAGCCAUCGGGGUGCGUGCACCAUAUAUCGCUUCUCUCCAUGUUAUUCCCUUAGAGCUCAGCAUUUCUCCUCACUUUUCUCCCCUCUCUACAUCCCCAGCAUCAGCAAUAACCUCUCUGCCCGUUGGGCGGGUGCUCUCCAGCCCCCCUUCAAAGCCAGGUCGUGUCCCUUGUCCCUGGGAUGUUGUGCCAGGAGGGGCGCAGGGGCUAUGGCUUUGCAGUUGGGAUUUGAAGAGCCGGAGUGCUGUCAGGACACCAAACCCGACGUUGAGGCUUUGGGGACGACUCGGUGUCCCCGUGCGAGGCAGGAGGCUGGGUGCGCCCUCAGGCCUGGGGGUGCUGCCAGCAGACCCCGCAUCACUCUUGCACCCCUUCUCUUAGAGAUUCUGGGAUUUCCCUCUGCCUAAAAACCUCCCUGGUACAUGGAGGAGAGUUUCCCCGUGCUUGGGAUGCCAAGGGGGGUGUCUGGGCCGGCUGCUCUGGUCAGAUGGCUGGUUGUAACCGCGUCACCUCUGCCAAGGCUGUGAGAAGAGCAGACACGAAGAUGUGCGCAUGCCCUGGCUGACCUCAGGCCUUAAGGUUUCCUGCUUUCUUCUCUUUUUUUUUUUUUUUAUUUCUUAAGCUGUUUUUAACAGAAUUUUAUUUUUAAAUAAAAAUCUUUAUAAGCGAUCUCUUAAUCACUACUGCAUUACAGCCAUUAUUCAUUGUAUAAGUCCAGUUAUUUCUUUACGUAAUGUGAUGAUGUGAGAGCUGCUGGUGGAGCGCUGGGUGUCACGGGCGACGCGUGACAGUCCCGUCAUCACCUUAUUCCUGACUGUGGCCCCCUCAGGACGUGCCUUCACUCCAGCUUUUUGCCUUAAUCUGUGGUCUUGCUGUCUGGGGCGGUGAACAAAAAUGCAACACUUGCAGUUUUUAUGUAUAAAACAGUAUUUCUUAUUUAUAAUAAAGUCUGAAUAUUUGUAACCCCUUA